AUGAACUUCUAUUUCAACAUUUCUGAAUUCCUUAACGGCACCAGCAAGAAUACAAAUUUUCUCAACCCUUAUCUCACAUUAUGGGCCCAGCCAAUUUGAGCAAAGAUGCAAUUCUCAAGUCAUGUUGAUGAUGCGAAGAAAAUCAAUCCUCAGUGGGUCCAGUGGUGAAUGACAUUCCAGAAUGGGCACCGAAUUCAAGCUUCUGCGAUAAUACCAGCGUUGCAUCUGCUAAAAAUUAAAUGCAGGGAACGUUUACCCCGAUUUCUGUCGUUGCCCAGUUUUGGAACACUCUUAUUGAUAAAGGAGACGGUCUGGGCGAGGUGCCAAAGAGCAGGUAUAACAUGGACUCGUUCUAUCAUCCAACCAAAGACGGUUGCACUCGAGUAGAGUAUGCCUUCAUGGAUCCACAGCAGCGGCUCUUGUUAGAGUUGGUCUGGGGGUGUUUUGAGAAUGCAGGAGGGACAAACUGGGAAGGAAAUGAUAUGGGUGCUAUAUAUCCACAAACAAUUGACAGAUUCCAUGCGCUCGGUACUGCAAAUUAUGCUUUGGCGAAUCGCAUUUCCUAUGAGUAUGACUUUCGACGUCCGAGUUUAGCCAUUGGAGCUUGUUCAUCCGCUAUCGUUGCUGGGAGUAACCUUAUACUGACUCCUACAAUGACAACUAGUCUAUCUAACCACAUGGUUCUAUCCCUUAGUGGGGUCUGUCAGACAUUUGACGCAAAUGCUGACGGCUACGGUCGUGACAAUGCAAUACUGGCAAAUGAUCCAAUCAGAGCGGUCAUUAGGUCAACUGCUGUGAACAUUGACGGGAAAAUGGCAAAUAUAACUGUUCCAUCCAUUCGCUUACAAGAAAGCCUGAUUCGGAGUGCGUAUUGCCGCGCCGGGAUUGAUGACCUGUCGGAAACUGCGUUCAUCGAAUGCCAUGGGACGGGGACGGUCACUGGUGAUGCGGUCGAGACAACGGCAGUUUCGAAUUGCUUUAAACCCAAAGGAGCGGUUAUUAGUGCGGUAGACCCCAACUUCGGGCACUCGGAAGGUGUGUCAGGUAUUACUAGUUUUAUCGAAGCUAUACUCUCAAACGUAUUCGAAGCCAAUUUGAUAGUAUCUUUGGAGCCCAUGCAGUGGCCAGCUGAUCGAAGAGAAAGAGUCAGCAUAAGCGGCUUUGGCGUUGGUGGCGCAAAUGCCCAUGUCAUCCUGGACUCUGCGUCGGAGCUUUGCUGUGCACCUCCAGCCUCACGUCCAUCUGGAACAGAGGGUCCCAGGCUGCUUGUUGUCUCCGCCCGCGAUGCCACAAGCCUUCACUCGCAUUCAGGAGUGCGAAGAGAACAUUUACUCCACCGUGUGUUUUGUGUUGCUUCCCCAGCAAUGUUGUUGGAACCAACAAUGUUCCAAAAAUCCGUUGUAAAAACUUCGCUUCGACUUUCUUUCGUUUUUACAGGGCAGGGGGCCCAGUGGUUAGGUAUGGGUAAAGAACUAAUGGAGAAAUACAAAGGCUUCAGAGCGGAUAUUUUGAAGCUAGAAGAUAUCCUUAAAGGAAUUAAAGACCCUCCAUCAUAUCAAUUAAGAGGUAAAUAA